UAAAAAAAAAAACCGAGAAAUAUAAACCCCCUAAAAAUAACCGACUGCAGUUUUCGAGCAUCAUUUUUAUUGACAUUCAUCUUAGUCGCCUGUCCGCCUGUCACACUGCCCCCAAAUCCCUGGUUCCCGGAUAACCACCGACUAAGCCCCCGGUACACUCACCCGUCGCCGUCGCCGUCGUCGUCCUCGUCGUGUGUCGCGUGUUGCUAGUGCGUGUGUCCCAUCAAAUCACUGGAUAUAUCAGCCGUACCGACACGCGCGCCGUUUUUUGAUUUUUCGCUUAGCGGCACAAAAAUUGGGUCUCCCCAGAAAAAGAGCAAAAGAAUAAAAAAGUAACCAAAUCGAAAAAAUAUACGCGAAUAUAUACAGUGCAGCUGGGAGGGCUCGUGUCUCCUCUUGGACCCUAUAGGGUCGCCGCCGACUCUAUGUAUAUAUACUGUGUAAUGCAUUUCCAAGAUAUGUAAAUUAUGCCGAAGUUCUAUUGGAAUUUUUGACAACGCCAGUGAAUUUGGUAAACAGUAGCAGCACCAGCAGCAGCAGGAACAGCCAGGAUAAACCAGCAUCGUCCUGCGAAGGAGCUACGACCAAGACAGCUUUGUCUUAGACCGGGUCACAGCCUCAUCCAUCCCGGCUAUUGAAUACUAUUUAAGAAUCUUGAAAAGAAGGAUACCAGCAGCAUCAGCAGCAGCAGUAGCAGCAACGACCAACUUUCCACUCGAAGCAAAUUAAAAGAAAGGAAAAGAAAAGAAAGGACUCCGUGUCGAACUCACAGGACGAUAGAGAGACAGGACGAGGGCAAAAUCAAUACUGGCGAAGUGUGGCCAAAGUGCUGAGUAAUGUGGAGUAAUGGAGACCUUUUUGCUGGCGGCGGCAACAUGAUGUGAAACAUGGCAAUCGAAUCAGCCGAAGCCAUUUAGGGUCAUCAAUUGCCAGGGUCGUGGAAAUCGAAGGAGCGAAGCCAUAUGCACCGCAGCAUGGAGCGUAGGAGGAGCCCAGGGAGCCCAGGGAGCCAAGGGAGCAGGAGCAGGACACCGAUGGCUCUGCCAGUCUGCUGGCUACUCCUUUGCCUGGUGGCCUGGACCUGGGCGGACGACUGGUCGCUGAGCUGCGCCUCCAACUGCACCUGCAAGUGGACCAAUGGCAAGAAGUCGGCCAUCUGUAGCUCCCUGCAGCUGACCACCAUUCCGAACACGCUGAGCACCGAGCUCCAGGUGCUGGUACUCAAUGACAACCACAUUCCGUACCUCAACCGGGAGGAGUUCUCCACGCUGGGCCUGCUGAACCUGCAGAGGAUCUACCUGAAGAAGUCGGAGGUGCACUACAUACACAAGGAGUCGUUUCGCAACCUGAAGAUCCUGGUGGAGAUCGAUUUGUCGGACAACAAGCUGGAGAUGCUCGACAAGGACACAUUCAUGGGCAACGACAGACUGAGGAUCCUGUACCUGAAUGGGAAUCCCCUGAAGCGCUUGGCCGCCUACCAGUUCCCCAUUCUGCCCCACCUGCGGACCCUGGACAUGCACGACUGCCUGAUAUCCUACAUAGACCCCAUGUCGCUGGCCAACCUCAACCUGCUGGAGUUCCUCAACCUGAAGAACAACCUGCUGGAGAGCCUGAGCGAGUACGUGUUCCAGCACAUGGCCAACCUGAAGACCCUGUCGCUGGAGGAGAAUCCCUGGCAGUGCAACUGCAAGCUGCGCAAGUUCCGGGGCUGGUACGUCAACAGCCGCCUCAGCUCGGUGAGCCUGGUGUGCAAGGGACCUCCGGCCCAGAAGGACCGCACCUGGGACAGCGUGGACGACGAGCUGUUCGGGUGUCCUCCCCGAGUGGAGAUCUUCAACAACGAGGAGGUGCAGAACAUAGACAUUGGCAGCAACACCACCUUCAGCUGCCUGGUUUACGGGGAUCCGCUGCCCGAAGUGGCCUGGGAGCUGAAUGGCAAGAUCCUGGACAACGACAACGUGCUGUUCGACACGGAGAGCAUCGCCUCGGACAAGCUGUGGAGCAACCUGACCGUGUUCAACGUGACCAGCCUGGAUGCGGGCACCUACGCCUGCACAGGCUCCAACAGCAUCGGGAGCAUGACCCAGAACAUCAGCAUCUACCUCAGCGAGAUAGUGCAGCAUGUGCUGGAGAAGACGCCGGAGACGUUCUGGUACUUUGGCCUCAUCAUGGGCAUCUUCGGCACCGUCUUCCUCCUGAUAUCCAUAUCCUUCGUGGUCUGCUUGUGCAAGAGGACCACGCGCCAGCAUCGUCAUGCCAACAAGGCGGGCGUCAAGUCCAGCGUGAGCUUCAACGACCAGGAGAAGAAGCUGCUGGACUCGAGUGUCACCACCACCACGAACGAUCGUGGCGACAGCUAUGGCAUCGACAACCAGCCCUCGUCCAUGGGCAUGAACAAGGCGGAGUCGGCAGGAAUGGGCUUCAACCAGAUCGAGAUCCAUGCGGUGGAGAGCCAUCGUCAUGGCAGCAUGUUGCAGCAGCAACAGCAGCAGCAGCAGCAGGUGUCGCGCCAGCAGCUCAUGGCGACGGUGAAGGAUCCCACCUGUGGCGGCAUGAUCAGCGUGCCCACCUCGAUGGCCGGCCAUGCCCAUACGCAUCCCGCCCAGAUAUCCGAGGAGUUUCCGCUGAACGUGGGCGUCUUCCCGCCGCCGCCCGAGUUCUGCUCCAACAUUGUACCGAAUCCCGCCUUCGGUGGCAACAUCUUCAUCCGUGUCUCGGUCACACAGGACAUGCUGGAUGGCGCCGAUCUCAACAUGUAUCCGGAUUUGCUGAAUAUCCCCAAGAGGCUGCAGGACGUGCAGGAGACUGGAGCGGGCACGAUGGCCGUGCCGGAGGGUCAAUUCGCCACGCUGCCCAGGCAUGCGGCCAGGAGGGGAAUCCUGAAAAAGGACUCCUCCCUGCAGCAGCAGUUGCAGAUGCAGCAGCAGCAGCAGCACCAACACCAACACCAGCUCUAUCCCCAUGACGAGAUCGUGACCUACAACCUGGAGACCAGCAGCUAUGAGCCCCACCAGUCGGCGGUGUAUCACGGCAAUGCCAUGGAGCUGCCACCGCCACCGCCGCCGCCCUCGGUCACGGCGGUGGUGCAGUGCCACCACCCGAAUCCCAGCCAAAACGCCGCCCUCUCGGCGGCCAGCUGUGCCAGCUGCAUCAACAAUGGCGGCGUCCCGCCACUGCAGCCGCCGACGAACUCCUCUGGUGCCUGCCAGACGCCACCCAUCGGAGAGGUGACGCCCCUGAGGCCCCUGGACAGCUCCGCUUAUCCCAAGUACGACAACAUGGGUCGCCGGAUCACAGCCAGCGGAGGACUGGGCAGCUCCACACUCUCCCUGCACGACGAGGAGCGGUACGAGAGCGAAACGCUGUUCAAUGAGGCGAAGGAGCAGCCCAGCGGCAUCCCAGACCAGACGCAGGAGCUCCUCCAGCAGCAGCAGCACCAGCAGCAGCAGCAUCAGGAGUCGUCGCAGAGCCAGGAUAAAGGCGGCGGUCCUGGCGAGUUUGUGUCGCUCUAGUAUUACGGAACCCAGGUGUAAAUAGGUCAAUAGAUUCGUGAACAGCCCUCAACCCAACUCAGAAAAAGAUCCCUCGAAAUCCUUGGCAAUCGUUUUGUUCAUAUCAGUUUGAGAAGCGAAAACCACGAAUGCUCUAAACAUUAAAUAAUUAAUGAAGUCAACACUUAAAUAGAGAAGCCAAACAACACACACAAUCUAUUGACUGCCACAGGACCCAAAUAAUUAAUUUAAAAACUGAAGAGCAAUUAAAGCAGAAUCAAAAGGAACUAGGGGAGGGCCUAUUGUGGUUUUCAUUUCCAUGGAUUUUGUUUUAGAAUUCAUUUCUUACUUAAAUUUCAAAAGGGAAAGUAUAGAUCUCUCCGAGUUUCUUAAUAAUUAAUCAUACAAUAAAAUAUAUGAAAAUGAAAACCUUUCAAUAGCUUCCCAUUAAAAUUCAAAUCAAAAUCACUCUCAAUCUUUGAGUGUCUUAAGUUAACAGCAAACAUAAUACUUAUUUUCCAUUCGGAUCGCACUCUCAGACUAGACUCCUCAGCGCAUAUACUUCUUAAUAUAUAUUUAAAUAUAUAUCCGCAUGUAUGUGUACUCCAUUAGAGACCCGUCACUGUCCCGAGCCCUUAUAGCUAGCAUUCCAUAGUUGUCCAACUUGAAGUCUGUAAAUUUAACAAAGAUGUACGAGUAUUCUAGAAGGAAAUAGCGACCAAGAAUGAUCUUCACAAGGUAUAUAGUUCGAGUAUAGUUUAUGGGGUCUCAGAUACGGAGAUCCAUUCCGGGGUGCUAGACUAUGUUGAGGAGCGUUUUAGAGAUCAGACACUGAGUAGGAUUAAAAUCGGAUUAGGACUUGGCCCCAAAAUGUUAGCCAGAUCUAUUAAAUGAAUACAUAUAUAUAUAUACGCCCAUAUAGCCAUCAUCGAUGUAUGUAUAAGGGAUAUACCUUAACUAGUUUUUAGACAUUCCACAGCAUCCCUAACAUAGUUCCUUUUCUCUGUACAUAUGUAAAUGUAUUCCUAAUCGCUUUAGGACUUUUAAAUCAAAAUAAUUUUACACUCACUACCCAGAUAUACAUAUAUAUCAGAGAUCAGUAAAAAGUCGUGCCAAAUGUUUUUAAAAUCUGGUUUUUAGCCUGUUAACCUAUGUAUGUAUUUCGUCAUGACCUGUUAGAGAUCCCAUGUUACCGUAGGAUUACACCAAAGACAAUUCGAGAAAUAGUUUAUUCCAUACGAAUUGUCUCCACACUUAGUACCUAUAUGAUUUGUUUAGUCAAUCUUAAUAAAUAUAUAUAGACCCGUUCCUAUCCUAGCAAAGCCGAAUAAACAUAGAACACACUUUGGUUCGCUCUCUCUCUCUCCAUGGAAAUCCUGCAAGUAGACCAAAACUAAAAACUAAAUGAAAGUACGACAUUAACAUUUACGUAAUACACAUCUAUAACAUAUAAAUAUAUACAUGUACUUGUGUGUAAUCUAAUUGAAUGUAGAGGGAAAAUACCAGAGAUAUAUAUACUACACUAUAUCGAGAGUACGAGAAUGGGGAGAGAUCGCAUUAAAUGAAUUUUUGUGUCUGUAGAAAGUUUCAAAUUCGAGCUUGAUAAAUGUAUAUGUAAGCGAUAGAAGUCAAUAUAAUAAGUACACUUGAAUUCCAUUAACAUGACCACGCCCACAGAGCAUACCUGCCAUACCCAUACCCACACCCACACCCACACCCACACCCACACCCAUACCCAUACCCAUCCCCGUGUGUGUGGAAUAAUUAAACACAUGAAUGCAAUGAAUUACUAUAAUAAUUAUGGGAAAGCAUGCAAGCAAAUAUUUGCACAACUUCACAUGAGAUUUUUAACCCUCCACAGUCCCCCGCUUAACCCGUAGCAUACCCCUUUUUAUUUAUUGUUGUGUUUAAUGUGAGGCGAGCCGAGUGCCGAGCGAAGGGAUUUUUGUAUUUUGGCAUUAUGAACUGAACAGAGAGCAAAUUUGCACACGGCGCACACACAAAACACAGCAAACACACCGAGCAGAAACAAUUCUAGUUGAAAACUGCAUUUUCCCACUUGAUUUUCCCCCACUUUCCCCCGCUGCGUACCUCAUUUUUGACAGCGCAAAUUAAAAUGAUUCAAUCAAGAGCAUAUAACAUAGUAAAUAGUAUUAUUUGUCCGCUCUAAUGGAUGGGUAGAUAACACAUGUACAUAGGCCAUUUUAAUUACAUCAUUCUACUCACGAUAUCGCAAUCUAUAUAUUUUAUUCAUUUUAAAUCGUUUUAACUAAUUAAAAAACCGAGGGGAAACCGCCAAACAGCGCCAAAGCAAAGGACAAGUGUAAACACACGCAAAUAUAUAGAGAGAGAAAGCCCGACUAGAGAAAAUUUAAACUAUGCUUUUAACUACAUUUUCCAUUUGCCAUUUUCCACUUCCCCCUCCACUAGCUGCCUCUCUCGCUUUCCACGCAACUGAUGGAAACGUAACUAUAAUUUUAAUUACUCUGCUUCAAUGCAAAUGGAAAGCACACACAGGAUUCAGGGAUACGGGAUAUGCGGCUGCAGAUACAGAUACUGGCGAAACGUGGAGUGUAUCUGGAUUCGUGCACUGGGAGUAAAGUUGGUUAUGAAAUAUAUUAAAUGCAACAGAAAAUUAUCUUUUAUGUUCCCCAAAAAAUGUACAAUAUAAACUACCAUUAGAACCAUCACUUUGUUCACUUUAUAAAUACAUUACUUAAAUUAUUGAAGGCGUUAAUGUGUCCACAAACAAUUUCUUCUCUAUAAAAUGUAUAAAAUUUUCCUCUAAUUCCAAGCUUAUAAGUUUCUCCCAGUGUACCUGCGUAUCUGAUUCUGUUCCUGCGUGUGGCAUUCAUAGAAAGGCCAACCGAAAAAUGGGAAGCGUUGAACUCGAGUGGCAGAGAAAAAAUUAACUUUUCAUGAACGUUGAGCGAGCAGCGAAAAUAAAUUAAAUACGAAUGAUGAAUAGUAGUAACAAAUUUUGUACCAAACCCCAUUAAAAAGGAGGAAAAAAAGACAGGCAUAUUUUAACUUGAAAUCCAUUGAAUGCUGAAAUUAGCCAAAUUUCUAGGAGCCAUCAUCGCACACCGAGAGAGAUCCAUCACUGCACACUCACUCACACUUGUAUGCCCGUGUAUACGCAUUUAUAAAUACAAAACAUCCUGACAGGACACAGGACACGAAUACAGUUGUCGACAGGAUAGGACAGGACGCCGGACGGAAAAGCAAACAUGACAGAGCGGAAAAUCGAAGGACAGGACAGGACAAACAAGCGAACAUUUAACGAACAAUAUAACCGAGAAUACAUUGUAAUAGCAUUAAUAGAUUGUCAAGCUUUAUUACACACUAUAUUAACAUAGAUGGAAUAAUAAUAAUGAUUAUUAUUGCAAUAAUAAUACGAGUAACAGACCGAACGAACACACACACAAAGAGAGAUAUGAAUAAAUUU